AUGGCGGAACUCAAGAUCAACGAAAAGAUGGCAGCAGUUACCCAGACAUUUGCUACCGGUUCACGGAAGGUUUCUACUGCCAUAAAUACGCUUUGGGCGGAUAUCGAAAAGGCCAGGAAGGAAAGAGAUGCGGCGGCCAAACAACUUGAAGAGAUGGAGCGGUUAAAUGCCGAGCUUGCGGCGCAUGAGGAGCUACGGUUGAGGGCUAGUCGUCCUGGUUCUAUUAGAACGGAUGUUAGCAGCCUCAACGAUCCCAGUCCUACGCCGAGCCCUCUUCCAUCAGACACUGUCGCUAAGGACAAGGAACCGGAAAACCAUGCCCAAAGUCAAAGUCAAAAUCAAAACCAAAACCAGACGACUAUUCCAUCUCGUGCCAGUUCUUACUUUUCAUCAUGGGCUUCCUGGGCUGGAGAAAAGCGUCGCAAGGCGUUUACAUCCGCACCGCAGCAGGAUUCGCAGAGCGUCAAGUCACCCACACCAUCUAUCAUGUCAUCACAAACGCACCCAGAAGAGGAAUAUGCACAACUUUCGAAUGGUAGUGCAAGCCAUAAGAGUAACUCAUCGUUCGAUGGGUUGGAAAUGGUCGAUGUGAGGAACUUGGAUUCUUCCCGACGUUCUAUCGAUACUGUCGGUAGCGAAGAAACUGGGAAGACAAAGGGAACCAAUAAUGAAGAUGAGACUGGAAGUCAAGCUGGAAUUGGAGGUAGCAUCAGUGCUACCACUACGGUCGUGGAGAUGGAGAGCAUCCCUGAUACCACUGAAGGGGAUAUAGUCGAUAAGAAGGUGGACGAACCUAGCUUCGUGGAGGUAGUGAUUAAGGAGGAGAAGGAGGAAGUGGAUGUUCCGGCUACACCAGUCACCGCGGUCCCGAACACUCCUGUAACCGCAGUCCCGAACACUCCUAUUACUGCAGUCCCGAACACUCCUAUUACUGCAGUCCCGGACACUCCUGUUACUGCAGUCCCGAACACUCCUGUUACUGCAGUCCCGGACACACCAGUCACCCCAGUCCCAGACACACCGGUUACAAUUGCUACUCCCAAAACACCAAUUACUGCAAUUCCGGACACCCCAGUAGUUACUAGCCCAAUUGCAACUACUGCUGCCGCUACUACAACCGUCCAGUAA